AUGCUCCGCCUCUCCCUCCCGGCCCUCGACAUCCACACUUCCGCCGAACGCCCGACUCUCCCUUCGCUUGCAUCGCUCUGUCUCCCCGACAUCCACUCACGCCGGCCCAGAAUGCACGCCCACGCCCACGCUACACAGUCCUCGGACAGCAAGACCUCUAACGCUAAUAAUGCUAAUGACCUCCUCCGCAUCAGUUCCGUCUCCUCCGAGUCCUCAGACUCUUCCGAGUCCUCCGAAUUCUCCGCGACCUCCUCCUGCACGACCGCCUCCUCCUCUUCCUCCUCAGGCAGCACGCUCCACGUUCGCUCCCCCAAAGUCCUGAAGCUCGUCAAGCGCCACCACCCGUACUUCAAUCCGACCCGGCACCGCAUCGUGCUGGCCGAUCGCUUCGACGGCGCGGACCUUAUCCUCGCGCUCCCGCUCAAGCCCGAGGCCAUUGCCGCCGACCCCAGCCUCACGCGGCACUUCGCCUUCGCCAAGGGCCGCGGGCUCAACCUCGACCAGCCCCAGUUUUUGUUUGGGACCUCUGCGAAGUACCUCCACUACGAGCAGGUCCGGAGGGAGUUCCCGGCGAGCCUUCACCCGUACCGCAUCACUCCCCGAAACCCCGGCGACCCGCUGCCGACGCUUGCCCAGCCGACUGCGGCGUCGACGCUCACGCCGCCACCUACCCCCAGCGCGAAGCCUCGCACACUCUGA